AUCGCCGCUUGUUCGUCUAAUCAGUUCUUGACAUGACUACACAAUAGUUAAAAGCUCGAGGGAGGUCAUCGCGAUACAAGCUGUAAACUAUGAUUUUACGACGAUAGAAGCUGCACUCUAAAGCAUCUCUUCGCUUUUGCUAUGUGUUAUGUUGCCUUGGCGAGUUUGCCACUGUGGGUUUUCUCGAUUUGAAUUGAAAUGGCGACUUCUCGCAUCUCUUGGGACGUUUACGUCCCUAACUUGCUUGAAACAGGGACACUACUGACCAGAUGGGAAGAGGAGUCCAACUCAAGUCAAGGGCUGUUUUUCUGUGUCGACAAAUAUGGCUUCUUUUUGGGCUGGAGAGAAGAGGAUAAGGAAGGGAAUUGUCUGGAUCUUUGCCAUGUGAGCGAAGUAAGACCGGGUGGUAUACCAAAGGAUGCCAAAUUGAGAGAAACACUGCAAAGUGAAGGAGAGGGAUCCUUGGAAGACAGGUCAUUUACUGUUGUCUUUGGUCAAAAUCUUGUGGAUGUCACCUACUUGCAUUUAACAGCACCAUCAUGUAAAAUUGCAAAGGAAUGGAUUGAUGGACUCCCACCCUUAUUACACAACCUCAAUAUUUGGAAUGCCAGUGUCUUGACACAGUUGUUUAAACUCUAUAUCAAGCUCACUGUUCACUUGGCAACUCCUUCCAACAAGAUUUCUGUAAAGAAUAUCUGCAAGUGCCUGAAUGUUGGAAAGUAUGAGCAAAGAGUAUUUGAAGGACUAGAAGCUAUGAAACUUCCUUGUGGGAAGACUGACGAACUUGACUGUUCAUCAUUUACCUUCGAGCAGUUUUAUCAGCUCUACUUGAAAGUUUGUGGCAGGCUUGAAAUUGAACAACUGUGCAUUAGGUGGGGUGGUGGCAAAGCCCCCUACCUUAAUGUCAACCAGCUGGUUAACUUCUUGAAUCAUGAGCAAAGAGAUCCUCGACUGAAUGAGAUACUCUACCCGUAUUACAACAGAGAGAAGGCCCUUUCUCUAAUAUGGAAGUAUGAGAAAUCUUUGGAUAACCUACAAAGAGAUCGGAUCACUGUCAAUGGACUGACAAGAUACCUACUGAGUGACGACAAUCUUCUUAUGAUGCCUAACAGAGUGGAAAUUUAUCAGGACAUGACACAGCCUCUGUCACACUACUUUAUUAACUCGUCACACAAUACCUACCUUGUGGGGCGUCAGUUUGGCGGCAAGUCUUCUGUGGAGAUGUACAGGCAAUGCCUGCUGGCAGGCUGUCGGUGCAUUGAACUGGACUGCUGGGAUGGGCCUGGUGAUGAGCCCAUUAUAACACAUGGCAAAGCCAUGUGUACUAAUAUCAUGUUUAAGGAUGUGAUAGAAGCAAUUCGCGACUCAGCAUUUGUGACAUCUGAGUACCCAGUGAUACUAUCCUUUGAGAAUCACUGCAGCAAAUCCCAACAACACAGGAUGGCUAGUUACUGUACUGAUAUCUUUGGAGAUAUGCUAUUGAAAUUUCCUUUGGAAAGUCAUCCAAUUGAAGAAGGUAGACCACUUCCUUCACCGAGCCAUCUCAAAAGAAAAAUAAUCAUCAAGAACAAGAAACUCAAACCAGAACAAGAAAUGGAAGAUUUCAGUGAAUUGCUUAGCGAUUAUGAACCAACUGACUCUUCAGGUUACCGUGCAGGAAGCAUUAAGGAAACUGCAAUUAUUGAUGAUGAAAUUGAAGAGGAGGAUGAGGUGCCAGAAAGUGAUAAUGAUGAUGAUGAUGAUGAUGAUGAUGCUCGUGACCGAUCUGUAAGCUGUGAGGAGUUUGAUAAAAUUAUGGCAUACAGUGAUAAAAUUUGCAACGACCUUUUACGAGAAUCUACAUCAACUGCGGCAGAAGAAUCAUCUGAUGACAAGUCUGGGACCCUUGAUAACAUUUCUCAGUUUAGCUCGGAGUCAGAUUCAGUGUCAGAGUACUCAAACUUUCUUCUUUCCAGGAUUCUUAAUGAUGCAGGCUUAAAUGGUGUAUCUAAGGAUCUGGACAAUACCUUUGUCAUGUCAAGGAAUAGUAGGAACUUUCUCGAAAUGCAAGGAAUUGAGUCAGUAGCAGACAGUAGUUCAGAAAGUAGUUCAAGAUCGUCAAGAACUAAUGAAGAAGGAAUACCUUCAGCAAACCGCGUUUCAGGGAUCUCUCUGGCUUCAACUUUGAGUGCAACUUCAGAUGGUUCCACUGACAGUGAAAGUCUUUCUGUAACGCCAACUGUGACUGUGACAGACAGCGGGGAGACACUUUACAAGUUUCCAUCUACCAAAGAAGAAAGUAACACACCUGAUGUUGUUCAUAAACCAUACCGUAGUAAUGGCGGGCUUGAGUCUAUUAGAGAAGUUUCUGAUUCUACCGAAAAUGACAAUCACAAAGGUGCUGAUGAUUCCGAUGAAAGUUCCUUAAAAUCAGAGGGGAAGAAGGUUGAUUCAGAGCCUGAAGAAAAUGAUCAAAAAAAUGGGAAAAUUUCAUCCGUAAUUCAGUGCAAUGGCAAGGUCGAUUCUAAAAGAACUCACCCUUCAGUACAAGGAACGAAUUCUGGAUCAUCAUCCUCAAGAGGCAGCAAAGACUAUUCUUAUGAUCCAAAAUUCUUUUGCGGAAGGAAAGAGAGUAAUGCAAGCACACAAAGUGUGGAUUCAAAUUUGGAGGAUGACGAAGAGCGAGAUGUCAUCAGUGAAUUUAAGAAACGAGAGGAGAAACUGGCCAGCUUUGGAAGUUCACUGAGACUUAAUAUGGUUGGGGGCAAGAAGACAUCAAGGGCAGCCAGUCUCACUCCCGAAGACUUGGAAUGCUUAGCGCAAAUGACUACCACUUCGACCACUGGAAGCAUUCAUCCCUUCUUGUCAUCAUUGGUCAAUUACAUUCAUCCAGUACCAUUUACUGGAUUUGACGAAGCAGAAAAAAAGAACUUGUCUCAUCACAUCUCAUCAUUUAAUGAGUCCACUGGGUUUGGUUUACUGAAAGCAAGUCCAGUAGAAUUUGUCAGAUAUAACAAACGUCAGUUGUCAAGGAUCUACCCAAGGGGGAGUAGGGUUGAAUCAAGCAACUACAUGCCACAGGUGUUCUGGAAUGUCGGCUGCCAAAUGGUCUCUCUCAACUUUCAAACAUCAGACUUAGCCUUUCAACUGAAUGAUGGUAAAUUUGAAUACAACAAAAGAUGCGGGUAUCUUCUCAAGCCUGAUCUCAUGAGACGGUCUGACAGGCAGUUUGAUCCAUUCACUGAAUCAGUCAUUGAUGGAAUGGUGGCUGCUUCAGUUGUUGUUAAGGUGAUAUCAGGGCAGUUCUUGUCAGAUAAGAGGAUAAGCACAUGUGUUGAAGUGGAUAUGUAUGGCCUUCCUACUGAUACACUGCGGAAGAAGUACAAGACAAAAUUUGUACCAAACAAUGGCAUGGAUCCAGUUUAUGAAGAGGAUUCAUUUGAAUUCAGACGGGUUGUGUUUCCAGAACUUGCACUUUUGAGAUUCGGCGUUGUAGAUGACAACGAUAAACUGAUUGCCCAAAGGGUUAUUCCAUUAGAUGGUUUACAGUCAGGAUUUCGCCACAUUUCCUUGAGAACAGAGAACAACAUGCCAUUACCAUUAGCAACAUUGUUUUGUCAAAUUUCCCUCAAGACAUACAUUCCUGAGAGAUAUACAGCCAUAGUUGAUGAACUAUCAGAGCCAAUAAAGUACCAGUCUGCCGUGGACAAGAGAGCUGCUCAAAUGGUUGUGUUUGGCAUCGAUGAGGAUGAAGACCCCCACAGUAAUUUUGCCUCAUUUUUAAAGUUUUCGCCUUCAUCUAAUUCCUUAUCAAGAAUAAAGAAUGCAGCUUCCUUGACUUCCAUCACUACUGCUGGUGGAAUUUCACCUGCUCCAGCUCGACCUCGGGAAUCUGUUGUGACACUGAAUUAUGGUGGUGCAAGAUCCUCAUCAGAACUUACCCUUAUCGAGAGUAAUGUUCCAAAGAAACAUGACUUUAAGUUUUCCCCAGUAAUUGUUGAAGAACUGAAAAAGGAUAAGACAUUUCUCAAGGUUUUCAAAAGACAUCAAAAGGAAAAUGAAACUCUUGCAAAAAAAUACACCAAGGAGCGUACAGCCAUGCAAAGGAUUCACACAGGAGAACUUGAAAAGCUCAUAACAAACUAUGAAAAGAUUAAAGUGACUGCCAUAAAAACACAUGAGCGAGCACUCAAACGAUGUGGAGAAGAAAGGUCAGAGGAGCUGAGAAGAGUUCACGAGAACAAGAUGCUUUAUCUGAACAAGACUCAAACUGACAUGGCAAAGCAAAAAUUAACUGCCCAGACAGAGGAGUGGAUAAAUAUGAUUAACCGACAAGUUGAGGAAGAGAUUGCCCUCUAUGAACCACAAGCAGAUAUGCAACUUGAGACAUUGAAGAAAGUGAUGGAUUCUGUUCAUGAAACUCAAGUAAAAGAAGUUAUGGCAAGACAUGAAAAGGAAAACAUUGAGAUAACAAAGAAACAGACAAAGCAGUCAAUGGAAUCUGCCAAAGCCCUGGCACAGGACAAAAAUAUCCAGUCUAAAGAGGAAAGGGACAGGAGACAGAGAGAGCUAGACAAGCAAAACCUCAAACAGUUUGUGGAUGAAAGGCAAAGGUUGUCAAAGAGACAAGAAAGAGAACUUGAAGAACUAAAAAACCAGCAUAAAGAGGAGAGGAAGAACUUGGAAGUUGAAUUUCAGAAAGUUGUGUCAGAAAACAUGGACGAAAUCAAGACAAAUGGUGAGAAGUCUAGGAAAGCUAUCCACACAGCAUUCCAGACUGUUUUACCAACACACUGAAGUGGAACCUUAACAGUAACUUUAACCUUUUGUAUAUAAGUUAAUACUGCAGGUCAGUAUUGAACAAACCUUAGUUUGUAAUGUAUAUAAUAUUAAAAAAAUUUACCUCAGGGCAGGCAAGCAGACAGUUUUCCCUGUUUCAAUCUUAGUUCAAAACAGAGUGAUAUUUAUAAGUAAGAAGAACAUGAUAUUUUAUUGGUUAUGGAGCUCUUAAACUGGAAUCAAUUUACGUUAAAAAUGCUUAGAUGAAGGAGGUUAAUGCUGUAUUGGUAUUGCACAUAUAUACCCGUGGUAUUAUGGACAAGUCUACUUGAUAUUUUCUCCCAGGAAGUAAGCAUCAGAUGGUUGUUUUCAAUUUUAACUGAAACAGUGGAAUGGAGUAUGUAAUAGUCAGAAUAUACUUUAUCUUUUGGGUUGGUUUUUAGAAUUAAAGGUUGGGAACCCCAGGUAGGUGAGGUAACCUGCCCAGCUGUGGUCAGAAAAUAGCCCAUGUCUACAUAUACAGGUAAUCUUUCAACCCUGGAAUCUCAAGGUGGUUUCUAGAGGCUGUUGGUGCAUAGCUAGGCAGUUACCCCACCUGGAGACAUUUGCAUGGCAAAUUGGGACCCUAGCUGAUAGGGUUCCUGCCAGACAUAGGCAACUUGGGUGGGGUGGCCCACCUAGGCAGGUUUCCUCACCUUGGUAGGUUACCUCACCUACCUCAUCAUGAAAACAGGCCAUGUCACUUUGAUAUUAAAAUUCCUGAUACAGUGGGUAAAGUUUUCAUGCUCAAUAUCAGUUUGAUCUUCAGUGCACCAUGUCUGUCAUAUGCUUACUUAUUUCAAUUAUUUUAAAAGGGUUAAAAAGUUGUCAAGACAAGUUAUUUUAAUUUAUUCAUCAGUGUACUUUACAACAAUGUAGCAAGUGAGUGUCAUGUCCUCUUCAUGCAAAGUAAGCUUUAUCUCCAACUUAAUUUAUAGUCGAGGCGUUUGGGAAUUGUGGUGUAGUUUUUAGACUAUUUUAAUUCAUUACUUUGUUUGGCAAAAGAAAUUGAGAAAGCUCUGCUUCUUCAGAUGUACGUGUACAUACUGUGUGAAAAGUGAACUUGGACAUGAGAUGUAUGGGAUAUCUGGCACUGAGAAAAACUUGGUGUUGCUUAGUUGUAAAGGCUCUGUAACUUUAUACAAAACAUAUUGGAAAAGGAAAAAAUUACUAAUAUAAAAAUGAGAUAACAAUGAUUUACAUUAAAAGUUCCAUAUAAGUGUGGAAAUUAAUAAAAUUAGGUAUUACAUAUUUUGAUAUAGUAAUUGAUUUGAAACAAAAAUCCAAAUUAAAGCUUCACUGUUCAAUGAGUAAAUAUCAGUGAAAACUUAGUAAAUUAUAUUACCAUAUGACCCCUAUGGCCCUGUGUGGGUUAGCUUGUAUUGAAAAACAUAGAGGUAGAGCCUGAAAUGUAAAGAUAUUUUCCUGUUUCCUUGUGGUUAGAUUGUCACUAACUGCUGUGAAUAAGAUGUCUUAUCUUCACAUGAGAAGAUGGCAGUGUUGUGAACACUAUGUCAAAAGGGUAUCAAUUUUGUGCUUUUCAUUGAGGCAGUAUUACUAAAGGUAAAUUUGACUUUUUUAGACAUGAAAAAAUGUGACUAAGGCUAAAAUGGAAUUUCUGCCUUCAAAUCACUGCAUCAGAUGCCUUUUAAAUGUGUUCAAGCAAUCUCUUCUUGAUCGGACCAUUUUAUUAAUAUCUACAUCAAUCUAUUUAUAAACAUCAAAUAUCUCAUAAAAAACAUGAAAAAAUUGCCUAACCACUUUUGGAUACAAAUUUAUUGUGAUUUCAAUAAUAACUCUAACUUUCUCCUUGAUAGAGAUGUUCCGUCAGUGAAUUUAAGCAGGAAGUUUAAAUGUACAAAAAACACGAAAAAUACCACCUGAUUUUUCUCAUUUAUUAAUAAAUCCUAAACCCUUUCACUCCCAAGAUCUGAUUGUUAAUUCUCCCUUCUAGCUGCUACACAUUUCCUUGUGAAUUAGCCACAAGAAUUUGGUGUUAGAUCACUGCGUAAAGCAAUUAUUGGCUGUGUGGAGAUGUAAAGGAGUUCUGGUUUUUACUAUUGGUUUUUUUCCCUAAAUGUCAUGCUUAACCUCACUAGUCCAACUUUUUAGAAUGAAAUUUGUACCCAUUUGUGGCCAUGGCUUUAUCUGAUUUAUCAACAAAAUUUUAUUUGGUAGUAUUUUGAAAGAACCAUAUGACUAUGAUUUUACAAAUGUGCCCUAUGUAGUUAAUUGUAUAUAAAAACAACUGUUGGUGCUGUGUUGCAUCUUUCUACUGUUAAUAUACAUAAUAAUUUACCAGAUGUUUGCAUUUUGUUGAUGUGUAUAUUUGUCAUAUAGAGGGAGGUUAUCUUUUAACCUGUAGUACAUAUUGAUUGUUAUGUAAUAUUUAAAGCUAUUUUAAAUGAUGAAAAACAAAAAAGCUGACAGGAUUUUUUUUAGGAUAAGCAAUAGUCAGAAAGAUUGUCAGUUCCAUGCUAUUAACUGUGAGUUAACCCUGUAACUCCCAAAAUCUUGGUAGUAAUUCUCCUAACAGUGUGCCACACAGUUCUUGUGAUGUUAGUUUGGAGAAUUUGGUAUGUGAUCAACUUAUAAUCCCCUGACUGAUGUUUUUCUUUACUCUCAUCACUUGUCUGCUUGAUAUUGUAUGGAUAUUGUAAGGAGAAAUUCUGUCUUGGUCACUCAUGGGAGUUGAGAGCUAAUUAUUAUAAAUGUUUUGUGUAGUUUACAGUAAGAGGUUGAUCUGCAGUUUGCAACUUAGGUCUGAGCCCUGAGUUUUUUGUUACUUAACCCUUUAACUCCCAGAUCAAAUUUUCAAUUCUUCCUACUUUUAACCAUACAAUUCUUAUAAUGUUUGUUCAGAGAAUUUAGUAUUGGAUCAACUAAUUAUCCCCAAAUUUAUAUUUUUCUUUAUUCUCAUCUCUUAUCUGCUUGAAAUAGUAUUGACACUGUAAGGAGAAAUUCUGUCUUGGUCACUUUUGGGAGUUAAAGGAUUAAUUUAUUGGUCUUGGAAAGUUUUGUAAUUGACAUGUAACCCUUUCUGUAAAACAAUAGUGAUUGAAAUGCUAACAUGAAUGAUCCAGUUACAGGAACAAUUUGUUUCAUUUGAGGCAGAUAAUUUUUGUGAAAAUCUUUGUCAUUGCAGCAACACUUAAUCUUGCAGCAUGUUGCUCAAAGUCAACCUCUGGUGAUUUAGUUACAGGUCUUAUGUGUGAGAGAAGUUGUUGUCAGUAGUUCUUUGAUUAUUGGUAAAAGAUUUAUUAUCAAUAGAAGAUGCUGAUACUAAAUUUCAUUGUAAGAAAACAAACUCAUUUGAAUAAAGCGUCUGCUUUAGAGAAAAA